GCUCUUUCGCUGUUGCUUACCACAUGUUGAUGCUUGACAGAUUAUUGCAGCGAUCCUGCUACCUGGACGACUCGCAGCGCCACAUUUCGCUGCCAGGAACCAAAGCGGGGUUCUCUCGCUCGCAGCUGCUUUCCCUCUCGCUGCCUCUACGCGGCACGGCGGCCUCGCUUAGACUGGACCGGGAAUUUCUCCGUUCAUACUUCUUGGGUUUCUUUGUCAAUUGUGUUACAUAGCUGCGCGCUCCCGCCUCACAUACACAAUGGCCUCAACACUUACUACGGAGUCUCGCUCUAGCCUGCGCCAACGUCGCCCCGCCGUGCCCCUUCUACUAUCCUCCUUCCCUCUUCCGCCCUCCCACAUUCCCUCCACCUCGUCCCUCGCGCCGUCCCCUUCUCCCCCCGUUAACCUCUCUGCCUCGCCGAUCGCUACGCACGUCAAUCCGCCACCCUCGCGUCCUCCUUCCACUCCACUCCCUCCUGUUCCCGGCCCCUCUCCCGUCUCCAAGGAUGAGACCCACAUAUUCAUUACCGCUGCGCGGUCCAGGCGUACGUCGAAGAUGUCUCUGAACUCAAUGUCCAGCUACUCGCGCCGUAGCUCGACCGCGAGCAGCGCGAGCGUGGGGAACAGCCUCCCGUCGCUCUCACCCUCAGUGAGCAUAACACCGGGUGGGGAGUCUACGCGAUCUCUCCGGUCGUACCCUUCCAAUGGUUCCCUCGCCGCACCCACCUCAUGGCGCGGCACCAUGACGGGUGUGGACAAGUCACCCGUUCUCGACUCGAAAAUCUGCGAGGAAGACCCCGCUGACCUGACACGGAUGUCACUCGACGAGAUUCAUGCCGCCGAACUCAGUGACGACGAGAAGGGUCUCGAACGCAUAGGCGAGUCUGUGCUCAAGGAGCAUUCACAUCGCAAACGCGGGCACCGUGCGAACGACUCCAUCUCGUCCAUCGACAUGCGCGACCUUCCCCCGCUGAACGAGAGGGAGGACGAGAUCGCGAUCUCCGUGCCCAAGAUCAUCCCCAGUCCGAAGAAGAAGCUCCUGGACAAGAAUCUCCCGCCACUGCCGACGGAGGAGCCGCGGCGCGCGGGCGCGGAGAGCCCCGACAUCCUGCAGAUCCUCGCAACGACGCCCCGCCCGAGACGGAAGUCGUCCGGUUGUCCCUCCCGCUCCGCCUCGCGCACGCGUGUGCGGUCGCUCCGGCGGCAUGUGAGCGACGGGACAGCGCUGACGAGCAGUAGGUCUCGCAAGACGAGUGAAGACUCCUUUGUCGCAGACUACGGUUCUCCGCUGGAUGCAACUGGGACACCCAUUGAUGUCGUGGAUGUGGAGGAGGAGGAGAGGUUGGACAGAGCGUUGGAUGGAGAAGGGAGUGAUACAGACUCGGAAAUUGACAUUCAUACCCCAUUACCCAAUUUGAUGUUGAGAGAUGGCUUGCUGUCGCCUAACUCGAAGCUUCUGCCGCAGGCUCAGCCGAUCGACGAUCGCCCCAGUAGCCACAUGAGUAUCGUCUCAAAUGCGGGCUCUGUCAUGACCAAGUCUGGCUUGUUCAAGGAUGAGCGGGAUACUGUUCACAGACGAGUCCGACAUCGCGACGGCAAACUGCUCCGGGGCGGUAUCGGCCUUACAACCGGCCUGGGUUGGAGUGAUAGCGAAGAUGAAGGCGCUCCGUCCCCACUCACUCGGCAGCUAUCCAGCAACACCUUGGGUCGCAAGUCUCUCCCCGCCACUCUUCGCUCCUCGACUUCGACUUCCUCUUCCCUCUCCCGACAUUACACCGAAAUGGAAGAACGCCGUCCUCGCGCAUCCCUCCCCUCUGACCUUUCUCGGAAACCCAGCAUGUCUUCCAUAUCCGUGCCUCGUUCAUCACUGUCGUCCAUGCGGUCCAUGCCGUCUUCCAGCAGGCUGUCAGCUCGUGGAUCACAUUACGACGAGAUGCCCAGGGCCAAAACGCCUCUAUCGGCACCACCAGGUUCGCGCGUUAGCGGCCUUCCCGCCGUGCGGAGGCUCGAGCGGUCGUCAUCAGAUAUGGACGCUGUAUACAAAUCCGAUCCUGCUCCCCGUGCCAUGCAGAGGGCAUCAUCAUCAUCCUCCCGUACGGCUUCCAUGAGAAGCACGCUCUCUCAAUCAACAAGCAGUACUAGCGCCGGACAGACUGCAGCGUCGCGUUUAAUUGCGCCACCGACGGCCUGGGCAGGAGGACGGCCAAUAGAGGUUCCUCGACCGCUGAAGCUGCCGCAAGGGCACUCCUCCGCUGGUAUCGACGACUCACGACGACGAUCUGACGGAACAGACAAGUCGAGACUGUCGGCGGGUAGCAACGUCAGCGCUAGCACCAGCAGUUCCCGAAGUAGAGAGCCGACUCAAGUGCCGCCGUCUCCUGCCCUGCGAGGAGCGACAAUGGCGAGGGCACCAUCCGCUGGACCUGACGGGAAGGCGAAGCCGCGUACAGGCACUGGCAUGGUGUACAGAUCCGCGCCACACGGGACCGCGUCGCGGCCGACCAUGAUGCGCACCCCGAGUUCAACAAAGCUGAGGGCGGCCUACCAGACGGAGGUGGGCAUCGCGACGUGAUACUGCAUUGGCAUAGAAGAUUAGAGCUCCCCUGUGUUCGAUCGGCUACCUACCUACCACCAUGGCGCACAUGUUACCACCUACUACCCGCCAUUUUACCUCCGCCCACUCUCACUCCUUGUGUCACCUACAUGUAAUUCGUGUAUAUUAUUGAGCCAC